AUGCGCCGGCCGCUGCGGUGGCUGCUGCUGCUGGCGGGGCUGCUGGGCUCGCCGCCCUGCGGAGCCCCCACUUCUCCAGUUGCGGUGGUACCAUCCAAGGCACCCACAACGGGGGCUACAGUCAAAACCACCGCCCCUUCUUUGCCCACGAAGCCUGGAGACACUACCACCCCCGUCGCUGUCAUCGCUGCAAACACAACGGCCUCACGGACGCCAACGUUGCCUCCGGCAUUGCCUACCACCCAUCCCACUUCUUCGGGGGGGAUUGCUAAGAAAGACUUCACCUCCACCAGCGGGCUGACAACGGUGACCCUUUCUCCCUCCCCACCUUCCUCCACAAGGCCGGUUGGAUCCGGAUCCACAGCGAAAAGCCUGGGGCCUCCCCUGAUUCCAGCAAAAACUUCGGCCGUGCCUCGGAUUGUCAGUGGCCCUAUAAUCUUAGCAACUGUCACAACUGCAAAAAAUGGGACGAGCAAAGAUACAUUUUGGUUGUCGCUCACCUCGCCCAAAACAUUGAUGACAACCACGAUGCCCAAACCGGCAGGCUCUCCCAGAAACUCCACGGUUCAUUCCUCAAGUAGCGGCUUUUCGACUCACCCCGCAUUGAAGACGACGUCUUUGUCCCCGGGGACCACAGCUCCUCAGGAGCCUGACGUCCCCUCUUCUUCCAGCCAGACGAACCUGAGUUUGGUGCAGGGCCAGACUAAGAUUGUUUGCCAGAAUAAAAUGCCCCCGAAGGAGAAGGCGAUAAUACUCUCCUUAAAUGAAUCACGGCCUUGUAACAGUUUGGAGGGAAGCCCGUUGAAAGAGGUGCUUAUGGAGGUGCUUUGCAAAACGUUGAAGCCCAACUACAACCAGAAGCGAGAUGACUGUACAAUUUUGCUAGCUUCGGACACGGAGGAUCUGAAGAGAGUAGCUGUGAUCAAAGCAUCCGUGCAAACACACUUUGUGGGUGAGGAAUUAUCCGAAGCUCUGGCUGCGAAGAAGGCAGAACUGGAGAAGUUUGGCGUUAACAACAUCACCUAUGGUGGGCGAACCCUGGACGCUGAGCCCAAAGAUCAUCUUAGUCUUCCACCUUUCCCUCCCGUCCAGCAGCGCCUGACGGAAGAGCUGCACACCAUCGAGAACGGUUACCACGACAACCCCACGCUGGAAGUGAUGGAGACGUUGUCCGAAAUGCAGGAGAAGAAGGUGAAUCUGAACGGGGAGGUGGGAGACAGCUGGAUCGUGCCCAUGGACAGCCUCAUCAAGGACGAACUGGACGAGGAAGAAGACACCCAUUUAUAAGUGGGUGGGGUUUGUGUGUUUGUGUGUGUGUUGCUCUGGGUGUUUUGUUUUUUUUAACAAAAAAAAAACAGAAGAGGGUAGAGGAGGAGACGACGGGAGCAUAGAAAAAGGUGGAACUUCAGGCUGGCUGAACUCUGCCCCCCCACCCCCUUCAAAUUUCUACAAAGAUGGAAAACUCCAAUCUUCAGCCACAAGUGCCGACGCGGGAAGGAUGAGUUGCGAUGGCACCAGACGGAACGGCAGGCGCCUGCCAAAUUUUUGUGAUUUUUGUUGUUGUUGUUAUUAUCGACAUGUUUUUUUUUUUUAAACCCAUUGACUUUCUGGGCAAAGUUAUAUCUAUGCAUACUGAUUUUUAAGGACAGCUCUUUAAGCAUUGGCCAAGGGUCAGAGAGAGAGAGAGAGAGAGAGAGAGAGAGAGGGAGAGAUGACGGUAUGGAGAAAUAUCAGAAUUUGUCCUGGACAACGGAGACCUGAACAGGAAACCUAUGGGAAAGAGAAGCUUUCCUGAUGCCACCCAAUGUUUUGUUUUGUUUUUUUCCCUUGACGGUGUUUUAGCAAGAAUUGCAAGUCUCUAGUCCUCAUGGCGCCUGAACAAGCUGAGUGCAGUCAGCUUUAAAUCUGAAAAGAUGGAAUUAGAAUAGGAUUUUUCAGGUAGAGAGAGAGGGUGGGAAAAUAAUAUUUUGCUCCAGUACGGCCAGGAGGCCAAAAUAAGGGUUUUAGGACCGACGUUCGUGAAAGCUCCUUUCUCUCUUUUCAAAACUGGAUUUAUAUAUAUAUAUAUAUAUUUCCCCCUUGGGGGCACCUUC